GUUGUACUUCCGGGGUCAAGGGUGAACGCCGUCUGUGGCGGUAAUCGUGUGCGUCACCUGGUAGCGGGACGGUCAACACAGCCCGGUCCAGCACCGGGAGCCCGCCCCGGCAGCGUGACGCCGGGAGGUCCGGAGGUCCAGCCGGAACCGAGGCAGGUCAUGUCUGUCCACCAUGACUUCAGCCUUGAAACGCUGCAGACUGAACACAGUGGCGUUGCCGCGCAUCACCGGACAUAACUCCGCCCACAGCUCCGCCCACUCUGCUCCAGACCACUCCCAUGGUGCUCCACUGCCUCAGCCUGCCCCUGAGGAGGAGGAGGAGGAGGAGGAGGAGGAGGAAGGCUACCUGCUGGUGGAGGAAGACACCACGGACUCCAGCCUCAUCAUCACUAUGGAGGAAAGCCAGGUGAAGGUGAGGAGGAGGAAGGGGUGGAGGAAGAGGAAGAGGAAGGCUGCUGAGGAGGAGAAGCAGCAGGAAGUGGGCGGAGCCUCGGAGAGCGAGGAGGAGGGAGGUGUGGAGAUCGACACACAGCUGGACCAAUCACUGGAGACCAAAUCCAGGCAGCACAACCUGACCUCCGUCAACGUCCGCAACAUCAUCCAUGAAGUGAUCACUAACGAGCAUGUGGUGGCCAUGAUGAAGGCCGCCAUGAACCACACCGAGGCCGCCCCGCCUUUCGAGCCGAAGAUGACCCGGUCCAAGUUGAAGGAGGUGGUUCAGAGAGGAGCGGUCGUCCCUCCCUGGAGUAUUUCUCCCAUCAAGCCGAGCGGUGACGGGAACAAGCUGAAGCCCCCUCAGUUCGUUGACAUCCCCCUGGCCGAGGAAGACUCCUCUGAUGAAGAGUACCGUCCCGAUGAAGACGAUGAGGACGAGACGGCCGAAGACACCUUCCAUGAGAGCGACCUGGACAGCUCCACCUCCUCCCCUCGAGGCCGCCGCCUGCAGCGGGCGGAGGAGGACGGCCGCCGCCCCCGCCAGGUAACCGGCUCACCUGAGACCGGGUCUGGGCUCAGACCGGCUGCUGCCAUGCGGGUUGAAGACCCUGACCAGCUUCCUCUCCAGGCUGCAGGAGGGACGUCCAGACGGUCCAGGCCGGGCCGGGUCUCCAUGGGACCACCCCCGCCCCCCAAAGCCCCGCCCCCCAGGGCUGUGACGGACAGCACCUUCCUGGAGGAGCUCCAUGCUGUGGAGGAGGAGCUGGCGGUCUGCUUGGAGCCGUACCAGCCUCUGCCGGAGUCGGCGGAGGACGCGGGUCUGAUGGCAUACCGGACUCGGUCUAAGCGUCCUCUCCGGGACGUCCCUCUUGGUCGGCUGGAGGCGGAGCUCCGUGCUCCUGACAUCACGCCUGACAUGUAUGAUUGUAGCUCCGCCCACGAGGACAGGGAGUGGACUGAUUGGCUGAGAGGCCUGAUGACCUCAGAGGUGGAUCAAGAAGAGGAGUGUGAUGAUGAAGAUGAUCCAGAGUACAACUUCCUGGCCGACGUCGAUGAGCCUGACCAGGAGGACUACCGAGACGACAAGGCUGUCCGCAUCACCAAGAAGGAGGUUAACGAACUGAUGGAGGAGCUUUUUGAAACGCUGAAGGAGGACCUGGCUGGACAGGAGGUAGAUGAUGAAGGUCAUGAGGAGGAGGAGGAGCUGCAGGAGGAGACACAGUCUGCUCAGACACACACGGCUGAGCACAUAGCACCGUGUGACGACAGACCAAUCACAGAGCUGCGCACGGUGAGACAGCAGCUGCAGUUCAUCAGGAGCAGACGGACACACACACCCAGCGGCGCUGCACACCUCGCAGAACCGCACACACUGCGGCUCAGCGCCCAGCAGAAGACACGGCUGCAGCGCCAGCUCCAGCAGCAUGUGCAGCUACUGGUCCAGAUCCACCUGUUGACGUCACCUGUAGUGAAACUGCAGGGUGAAGCGGAGACCACUCGACAGUUCCUGGUGGAGCUGGAGGUGCUGGCUGAGCGGGCGGAGCUGCUGGUCUCAGGGACUCGCCCUGCUUUCUGCAGCGCCUUCAGAGCCUCCAACCUGCAGGGGGCGCUGCGGCUGCUGGAGGAGCUGCUCCGGACUCCCAUCGAAUACCGGACGCGGGCGCGGCCGCCGGACGCCCGAGGGUACGUGAGGGACGUUCCCCGUGCUGCCGGCCCCGCUGGCCUGGAUCUUCGCCACGCGGCCCGUCUUCCUCCACCCCGAGCUGCUGCCCCACGCCAGCCUGGACCCCGCGCUGUACUGCCCCCGCAGGACGGCUGCCUUCACUGCAGCCGAGGACUGCCUGCUGGUUCUCGGUCUCAGGAACAUGGACGGAGCGUCUGACCCUCCUAAGCUGGUUUCUCAGUUCCUCCUGAGGAAGACGCUGGUCCAGGUACGACGGAGGAUCCUGCAGUGCUGCAGACCCGGUUCUCCUGCCAACAUUGUCAAGGCCUUCAGGUUCCAGCGGGCGCUUGGUUCGAUGCCGGCGGCGUGUUGCUGUGUGGACGUGGCGGAGCGGCGCCCCCCUGUGGAGAGGGAGGAACGGGUCCUGCCCCUGUGGCUGCUG